AUGCUUCAACAACGAAUACUUCGAACCCCCUCAUUAAUAUACCACAUUAGGCCGGGCCUCAUCCGCCGAAUACAUACUCCGCCGUUACGAUGCGCCGCACGGAUACCUUUUUCGAUGUCUCCCCGAUUGCCAAUUGACCGAAGGAUUCAGACGAGAGAGUUUCACAUUAAUGUCCGGAAGUUAAAAAAUCAUCAUUUCGACACGCUAAAGUUUGUACAGCGGUUACAGGAAGAAGGGCUCUCGGAGGAACAGAGUGUUGCGUUGAUGAGAGCUAUGAGCGAUGUUAUUGAAGAGAGCAUACAAAAUUUGACGAGAACUCUGGUGCUAAAGGAAGAUCAAGAAAAGAUAACAUAUAAUCAAAAGGUUGACUUCUCGAAACUUCGCAGCGAGCUUACGAACGUGCAUGCCUCGGAACUAAAGCCACUCCGCACAGACCAGGAACGCUUAACCUCUGAAAUCUCCCGUCUAAACGCUCGACUUCGCGAGGAAAUACAACGUGCCCAAAGCAGCGUUCGGCUCGACUUGAACCUUGAGAAGGGGAGAAUCAGAGAGGAGAGCUCAGUGCAUGAGCUAAAGAUCAAAGAGACGGAUACUAGGAUUGAGAAGGAGGUUGGAGACCUUCGGGGAGUCCUAGAAGGGGUCAAAUUUUCAACAUUACAAUGGCUAAUUGGCGUUUGCACCGGAACUGCGGCAUUGUUGUUGGGUGUUUGGAGGUUGCUUGCGUAA